AACACUCCUAUACUUGCCAUUAAGCUUCCUCGGUUUGUCACAGACGGUGCUCUUUUGUGGGUACACAAAGAUCUUGAAGCUCCUCUCCAUUCCCUUAUAAUCCAUUUUGAAAGCCUCGGGAAUGUGAAAAACUUCAGCAGAAGUAUCAGAAAGUUGAGGAUAAUCGCGCAAUGGCCGCGCCAGCACCUAUAUAAGAAGCCAAUACAAGAAAAGGACUAA